GUUGUGAAUUUUCACAGCCACGCGGUCUCUUGGCGCCGUUAACGUCUGACGUUUGGCUGCCUCGUUUGAACGCCACGAAUCGCAUCCCUCCCCAUCCUCUAUUUCUCCAUGCAAUAUUGUUCGUCUGGAAGAAAACCCUAAGAGAUUUUAUUCCGGUAAAAUUGGAUUCUUUUAUGGUGGUUGGAUCAUCGUCGACGAAGCAGGGGUUGCCUUCAUGGAUUGGAGCAACCGCAGCUACCAGAACUGCAACCGCCGUGGACUUGGAUAGGAGCUCCCCCGCCGCGUCUACGGCGAUGGCUAAUGGUGAAGCUCAGCAGUCUCACCAUGCCAAUUCGGAUGUGGAUUUGGGUUUUGUGGAGAGGACAUUUUCUGCCGCCGGUGCCGCCGUUGUCUCCGCAAUCCUCGUCAACCCUCUCGAUGUCGCCAAGACAAGAUUGCAAGCUCAGGCUGCUGGUGUCCCCUAUGAUGGCAUUUGUAGGAUGGGGUCUUUUGGAGGGCAUAGUAUGUUGGAUCUGAAGUGUAACUCCUCCACAAAUAAUGCAGUUUUUAGAACUGAGAUUUCGUGCCCCCCAGAUUCUACGCGGUACAAAGGAACACUGGAUGUCCUCUCUAAAGUAAUACGUCAGGAAGGAUUGGCUAGAUUGUGGAGAGGUACAAUGGCAAGUUUAGCAUUGGCAAUUCCUUCUGUGGGGAUCUACUUGCCUUUAUAUGACAUUUUCCGAAAUUCUAUGGAAGAGUAUACUUUGCAUGGUGCACCUAUAGUAACACCAUAUGUACCCUUAGUUGCUGGAUCCUUGGCAAGGUCAGUAGCCUGCAUCACUUGUUACCCAGUUGAGCUUGCCCGAACACGUAUGCAGGCUUUCAGAGAUGUCCCUAAUGGUGUGAAGCCUCCAGGAGUGUUGAAGACAUUGGUUGGGAUCAUUUCGCCUGUCAGAAGUGCAAAUGGCCAUCAACAUUCAAUUCAAGUGUACCGCACUCUGUGGACUGGGCUAGGAGCACAACUUGCCCGUGAUGUCCCUUUCUCUGCAAUUUGCUGGGGAACUCUCGAGCCAGUUAGGAGAAAAGUGUUGGGUCUUACGAGCAAUGAAGCAAGUGCAGGCAGUAUCCUGGGCGCAAACUUCUGUGGUGGAUUCAUUGCAGGGAGCCUUGCUGCUGCUGUUACAUGCCCUUUAGACGUGGCAAGGACCCGGAGGCAAAUAGAGAACGAUCCUGAGCGAGCACUGAAGAUGACAACCAGAAGAACAUUGAUCGAGAUCUGGAGGGAUGGAGGUAUGAAAGGAUUGUUCACUGGAGUCGGGCCAAGAGUUGCUCGAGCUGGUCCUUCAGUUGGAAUCGUAGUUUCCUUCUAUGAGGUAGUGAAAUAUACAUUGCACAACAGAUAAUAUACACUGACAACGUAACUCGUUUGGGAUAUGGAUAUAGCUAGCUUACAUUACAGUCUGGUUGAACAACAUACAGAAACAGCUAAUCAAGAAAGCCAAAUUAGGCAAAACAAGCAAUUUGUAUUUGGAUGCCGCCCACUCUCUCUUGUACCCAUUCUUUUCUUUUCAAUACAAAAUAGCAAUAUAUAUAUAUCAUUAGGAUAAGAACUAAGAAGAAUGUGUUUUUCAUGUAUACACGACUCAAGGCCGGCCUGUUGGGGCAAGAAUGAUGAAAUAAGCAAUGCAAUUCUUUUGGUCUAUUUUUU